AUGUCUAAGAUAUCGGGCCGUGACCUUGAUACGCAGUCUUUGACUGCAAGUGUUACAGAUUAUCCUAUGGAAAAUGGAAGACGCUAUCACAGAUAUCAUGAAGGCAUAUAUCCAUAUCCUAAUGACGAGCAAGAACUCGAUCGCCUGGAUAUGCAGCAUCAUAUGCUCAAGCUAAUUAACAAUGGACGCCUGUUUUUUGCUCCCCUACAAAACCCGAAACGAAUCCUGGAUAUCGGCACUGGUUCUGGAAUAUGGCCUAUUGAGAUGGCGUCCGAAUUCCCAGAUGCCCAAAUUAUUGGUACUGAUCUUUCACCCGUUCAGCCCACCGAAGUCCCCGAGAACGUGCACUUUCUGGUCGAUGAUGCUACAGAAGAAGACUGGCUCUGGGAGCCCAAACACUUUGACUUCAUCCACACAGCACACUUGAUGGGAGCACUGCCUUCAUUCAAGGAUCUCCUACGCAAAACCAUACAGCACCUCAAGCCGGGUGGAUAUGUCGAGUGCCAUGAGUUUGAUCCCAAGCCGAAAUGUGACGAUGGAACAAUGCCGCCCGAGAACCCGGAUGGCUUCAGCGAUUUUGCCCUGCAGGACUGGUGCGAUCUAGAAGUCCGUUCGGGUCAGGUCUCAAAUCCUCCUAAGCAGUUUCGAGUAGCCCAUCGAUUUGCGCGGUGGAUGAAAGAGCUAGGAUUUGUGGAUGUCCAAGAACGCAUUUCUAAAGUUCCCACAAACACGUGGCCGGCCGACCCGCAUAUGAAACAUAUCGGUGCUUGGAAUGAAACAAACUGGCUCGAAGCAUUGGCUGGCUAUUCCUAUAAACCUCUCAGUCUAUUGGGGUGGUCAAAGCCUGAAAUCGAAGUCUUCCUGGUCGACGUCAGAAAGAGUAUCCAGAACCGUGACAUUCAUUGCUAUACGGAAUACUAUGUGGUGACAGGAAGAAAACCAUGCGAGGGUGAAUAA